GAUUGGAAUUAUGAUAAUUAUGAAGAUUUUGGUGAACAAAUCGAUGAUAAUGAUGAUAGACCUACGAAAGAUUUAGAACAUUUUGAUUAUCGUUGUAUUAGUUUUUCUGAAGCAAAAAAUAUUUUAAAUGAUAUAAUUCAUAGUAUAACUAAUCGUAUAAAGCUCAAUCAUUCAUUGGCUAAAAUGCUAUUGAUACAAUGUAAAUGGGAUGCAAAUGAAGUUUUAAACAAAUAUUUCGCAUGUGAUAAUGAAUAUUUUGAAUGUAAAGGUGUAAAACCUUUUCAUAAAAGCUGGGAAGAUUCCAUCGCAAAAGCAUGGCAAUAUGAAUGCUCUUGUUCGCCUACAGCCAUACAAUCAGAACAGAAUCAACAAGCAUCAUCAUUAUCAUUAUUAAUGAUUUGUUGUGAUGUAUGUUUAGAUAGAGAUUUUAAAGAUCACUUCUUAUCAUUGAUUUGUGGCCAUUCAUUUUGUCAUGAUUGUUGGUUCAAUUAUUGCCGUGUCAAUGUUCAAAAUGGUCAAUCAACUGGUAUUCGUUGUAUGAACUCUGAUUGUCAACUAUUUUUGCCUGAAGAUUUUGUUCAUUUUAUUUUUAAAAAAACCAUACUAUUACGCGAAAAAUAUGAUUUACUUUCAUUUCGUGAAUCAGUUGAUUCUUAUAUUCGUAUGAGACUUUGUAUAAAUUCCGAAUGUCAAACAGUUAUAGCCGCACAAGAACAACCAGCAUCUAAACGUGUUACCUGUACAAAUUGUAAUAAUUCAUUCUGUUUUCAAUGUGGUAAUGAUUAUCAUGCUCCAACUGAUUGUAAAACCAUUUUACUUUGGUAUCGUAAAUGUGCCGAUGAUUCUGAAACAGCUCAUUAUAUUAGUGCACAUACUAAGCUUUGUCCAAAUUGUAGUUCUUGUAUUGAAAAAAAUGGUGGCUGUAAUCAUAUGAGCUGCUAUUCUUGUAAACAUGAAUUUUGUUGGAUUUGUCUAGGCACGUGGGAUAUACAUGGACCACAAUAUUUUAAAUGUAGUAAAUAUAAAGAAAAUCUUGAUAUAAAAAAUGAAUCAGAAAGAGCUAGAGAAGCAUUGAAAAAAUAUCUAUUCUACUAUGAACGUUGGGAUAAUCAUAUGAAAAGCUUAAAAUUAGAGGACGAAAAUCGACAACGAAUACAAGCAAAAAUUGAUGAUGAACUUAAUCGUAACAAUGGUACAUGGAUCGAUUGGCAAUAUCUAUUACGUGGUGCCAAAAUUCUUUCAAAAUGUCGUUAUACAUUACAAUAUACAUAUCCAUACGCAUAUUAUAUGGAAUGUGGUCCACAAAAAGAACUGUUCGAAUUUCAACAGGCAGCAUUGGAAAAUGAGAUUGAAAAUUUAGCAUGGAAAAUUGAAAACGCUGAAACAACUGAUCGUGGUGCACUUGAAAAUCAAAUGACAAUCGUUGAAAAAAGACGAACUACAUUGUUGUAUAAUUUUUUCCAAUACUGAUACUUGUUUUUUUCUCUCAAAUGAUCAACGAUUUUUUUUUUUUUUUUGAUUGACAUAUGAGUUUAUGAAUACAUUAUAUGAGUUUUUCAUUAUUAUAAAAUUAUACAAAUAAAAUCAGAUAUAUAAUUCAAAA